UUUGACACUUUAUUCCGAAUUCGCUUAUAAGCCUCCAGCCAAUAAAAAUAGGGAUGAACAUAUACUGUUUGUUGCUAAGAGCGGUAUUUUUUCUUUGAAGGUUUUCUUAGAACUAUCUGUUCGUUUCACUUUCAUAUGAAAGUGAAACGAACAGAUAGUGCAAAGAAAAAAUUCAAAGAAGACAAGCCACUCUUAGCAACAAACAAUAUAUGUUCGUCCCUAUUUUUAUUGGCUGGAGGCUUAUAAGCGAAUUCGGAAUAACCCUUAUUGUAUUUAAUUCAAAAAUCCUGAAAUGAUCGUCUUACAAAUAUAUGUGAACUUGAAUGAAUUUCUAGAAUACCCAGUGGAAAUUAUCCGAAAUGCUUAUAAGACCUUGAAAAUAUCCUUAAUAUUUGAUUUGAUUUACCCUACAUAAAAAAACUCGACGAAGCUUUUCGAUACCGAUAUAGAUUCAAUACUAAGUCCGAUACCAAGAGGAUUUAUAAGUGAAUCCUUACGUCCACUCUAGAUGUAUUUUGAUAUUUUGCAUAUUGAUAUGUUUGGUUACAUAUCUUUUUUUGCCGUUCAGAUUGAAAAACUUUAUUUACAAGAAUAUGAUAUGACGACACUCAAACCUACAAAUUAUGAUAUUAAUGUUGAUUUUAUGUGGGCCAUAUUUGAUGUUCCUGAAAAGCUCUUCGUUCUUCAAGAUUUACAUCAAUUUCAUUUAUUGAAAACUGAACCUCAAUUAUGUCCACAAAAAUCUUUAACUUCAUCACCAAGAAAAAGAUCUUUAGCUACAACAGAUACAGAACCACCAACAAAAGUUUCUCAUCCAACAUUAGAAUCACCAAGUACAGGUAUGUUUUCACUGGUUUCUAAUCGACAAUCUUUCAGAAUAGAAAAAAUAAAAUUAUUCUAA